UUUUUUUUUUUUUUGAAGUGAAACUUCUUUAGAAUCGUUGUGAUUUCAAACCGGAUGCAACGAAAAAACGACAGGUAAGAGACACAAAUACAAAAAUGUGUAGGAUGAAGCCAGGGGAAAGAAUGAGACAGAAAUAUACAUACAAUUUGUAUAUUAUCGGUCUCUCCUCUUUGUGCCAUACUUCGUAGCGUCCCCACUCCCGUCUUCUAAGCAUAGUCGCCUGUAAUUUGUGAGCCAGAGCGAGAGAGCAGAUGUCAGUGUGUAUGUAUAUUGCACACUGUUUAAUACGUGCUUGUAUUUGAGCAUUUAACGUGUGUAGUGCAUGUGAAAACUACGUGAGCUUACUGUACACUGUACACACUGCACUGAAGAUAAGUCUUUCAAAGUUGCUUCCUUUAUCAAUUGAAGUAGCCCAACAAUAUAGAUCACUUUUUAAAUAUGUUCGUGUAUUGAUUAUCGAUGAAAUUAGUAUGAUUGGAGCCGAGUUGUUGUCCCAAAUAGAUUCAAGGUUAAAGCAAAUCACCGGUAAUUUUGAAGUCCAUUUUGGUGGAUUAGAUAUAAUUUUGAUUGGUGAUCUACGUCAACUACCGCCAGUUCGUGCUACCCCAAUUUACAAACAAAUAAAACGACAAAUAGCAGGUUUUGCAACAAUAUUAACAAAAAUUGGUAAUGGACAGUUGUUAGAUCAGGAAGAGCUAGAUUUAAUUGAGUCACGGAUUUACUCUGAAGAAGAAGCUGAGAGACUUUGUCCAGACGGUAUACGAUUGUUUUUUAAUAAUCAUUCAGUUGCUGAAUACAACAAUAAAAUUUUGAAUUCUAUAGAAGAAAAAGUGAAUUCAGAGGCAACUGAUAUAUAUAUUGGAUGUAGAAAUGUUGAACAGCAAACUUCUAUGCGUCAAAAAUUACAUAAAAUGUCAACUAUUGAUACAGGAGGUUUGCCAUAUCAAAUUACAUUGGUUUUGAACAAACCAUACAUGAUAACAACUAACAUCGAUGUAUCAGAUGGAUUAGCAAAUGGUGCGACGGGAAAAUUAAUUUUCAUUGAAUAUAAUGACAAAGGAGAGAUAGGUCGUUUAUGGCUAGAAUUUCCAGAAUCUCCAAAAAUCGGAGAAAAAUUGAGAAGAAAGGCAGCGGCAUCAAUUCAAAAAAAUAAUCUUCAUCCACUGGCAGUACCAAUAGAUCGCAGAACAUCAUCUAUACCACUAGUACCUAAUAAAACCGUUAUUGUAAAACGUAAUCAUUUCCCAUUAGUCUCUGCAUGUGCAAUGACGAUUCACAAGUCCCAGGGAGCUACUUUUGGUGAGAUUGUAUAUGAAUAUGAUAAAUCACACGUUCAACAACUCCUGUACGUCGCAUUAUCACGAGUUACAUCAAUAAACGGCUUAUAUCUCGUUUCAAAAAAAAAAUGAUAAAAAAUUUUACCAUGGCCGAAGAGCGUCAGUAUCUACAAUUGAUCUACAACAUGAAUUUCGAAGGCUGAACUUGAAUCGACUUGAGACAAUUACAAAUGUUUUAUAUGAUUUCUUAAAUAAAAGAAAAGGGAUGUCACUGUUUACCUUUAACUGUCAAAGCUUACGAGCUCAUGUACAAGAUCUGCAACAUGACAAUAUAGUGUCAUCGUCAAAUUUUUAAUUCUUUCGGAGACAUGGAUGAAUAAUGAAGAUAUUGUAGACAUUCCAAAUUUUAAUAUUGUUGUUAAUUACAAAAGACCACGUACGAGGGCAGGCGGAGUAGCAAUUUAUCACAACGUAAAUGAUGGAGCCCGUGUUGUUACGCCACAAAUGGAUCUCAAUGCACAACAGCUAGAAUCAUUGUCUGUUCAGCUUUCGAAAGUUGGAGAAAUAUGUGCCUGUGAGAGCAGAAAUGACCAAGGAGAUUUAAUUUUGAUCGUAGCAAUUUACAUCUUUCCCAACCAAUCAAUAAAAUCAGUUAUUGAAUUUAUACAUGAAAAUUUGAUCAAAUAUACCCCAGAGGUAUCGCGAAUUCUCAAAAAGAAUUAUGAUAAAAUUCCGAUGAUUUUAAGUGGGGAUUUUAACAUAAAUUUUGCAUCAGAUACAGCGCUUCCUUUGAUUGAGUUUCUCGAUACAACAUUUUAUUUAAAAAUGUGUAACAAUCGCACUCAAUCAACUACAAGAUCAAAAACGGUAAUAGAUGCAGUGUUCCAAAGAUAUAUCAACCAAAUUGAAACUAAAAUAUUUGUAUCGUAUUUUAGUUAUCAUAAGCCUCUUGUAUCAUUUGUUGAAACUGAAAAUAUGGAACUUGAGUAAUAGAUUAUGUAACAUAUGUUAAAUAAAAUAUAAAAUAUCUUUUAAAAUUAA